UUAUUAAUAAUAAUGAUCUCCUCUUUGUUUCCAGAUGAGACUUUGUUUUCCUCUCGGUGCCUCCAGGCUCCUCCUCCUCUCCCUCGCCCUCCUCUGCUCCGCCCCUCGCUCCGUCACCUCCUCCCCCCGCGCCCCCGCCGCCCCUCCGCCCUCGCUGGAGUCGGCCCUGCUGCUCCUCCAGGCGGCCCUGGGGGGCCCGAGGGCCGAGCGGCUGGUCCGGCCGGCCCACUGGCCCGAAGACCCCCGGCUGAAGCCCUGGGCGGAGGAGGAGGAGGAGGAGGAGGAGGAGAUGGAGGAGGAGACUCCCUGGGAGGAGGAGGAGGUGCUGCUGAGGGCCCAGAGAGGAGACCUGGGGGCCCGGCUGCUGUCCCCCUUCCCCGGGGGCUUCUCCCUGGAGAGCAUGAGCUAUCAGGACGGAGGAGACGUGGAGGACGGAGGCAAGAGGAACGAGGCUCUGACCUCCAUCGCUGGAGGCCUCCAGGCCGUCAGCAGGGAGAAAGGAGGCUUCGGCUUCCGCUUCGGGAGGAAAAGAUGGACUGGACGGGGAUGGAGGGAUUAGGAUGGAGGGAGGAGGAGAAAGGAGGAGAGGAACUGAUGAGGGAGGGAGGAGCUGUGAGGAGGUGAUUCAGUAAAGGAGCUUCUUGGAGACUCGAGGAGAGAAAAAUGUGUUUCAAUGAUUCAUGAGAUGUUAAACGUUAAUCUGGGCCCACCGGCUUUCUCUUCAGGCUGAAAAUGUCCAAAAAACACUAUAAAAACUUUAUAGAUUAAUAUUUUCUUCUUUUUUCUGCAUAAACCUCUUAAACAACUUCCACCUUUUUAGUAAU